ACAGCUUUCCCCUCCCCCAGCGAGUCUGCCUGUGACUCCUCAUAGCGGAGCGGCUGCUUCCUGGGUCUGUUCGGUCCGUCACAGUCUGUCCCUUCCGGGGAGCCGUUGCCCCAGGUGGAAGUCAUGCCCAGAUGCAUCGUUAGCGGCUGCACUAAUUACAGUUCCAAGGCUUCUCGCUCUAAGGGGCUGAAGAUGCACGCCUUUCCCCUCAAUCUGACGAGAAUCAAGUUGUGGCUGAAGCUGAUUGGUCAGGACUUUGGGAACCACGAGGCCUUCGCGCAGAGGAUAAUGGACGCCAAGAACAGUAACCCGUAUCGCGUUUGCUCCGACCACUUCACGCCGCAGUGUUACAUCACUCAGGGCAGUAAAACCGUUCUCACUACGGACGCCGUGCCGACCAUUUUCCCAAACCGCAAAACCCCGCUGCCCCGAAUGGAGGACGUUAACCCUUCUCCGCCCCCCAAAAAGCCCCGGGAGGAGGUGCUGAGCACGGACACGCCCACUAGUAUGGGCGCCGACGGGAUGAACAAACUGUGCUACGUUGUGGGGGCGCCGGUGCCGCUCAUUAUUGUCAAUGAAGUCUUUGCGCGCUCCGCCGUGUACAAUGGCGCCAAGGACGCCGACACGCAGUUCGACCGGGAUUACGGGGUUAAACACAAGAGGACGAGCACAAACCCCAGAUAUUACAUGAAAAACGUGGGUACGAGCACUGACCCCCAGGAGGGACUUUAUUGGUGCCCCCCAAAAAUAAUGGUAGAUGCCAGCACUUCCACCGACCCAAUGGACUGAUCCAAAGACCCCCAACGUACGCCGGGAUCCCCCCUACCGAGGUGUUGGUUGCACCCUCCCUUCUGCCCCUGGUGGCGACAAUAAUAACCCCCCGCCCCGCCCCCAAGGUCUGAGCUCCCGCUAUUGCCAGCCCCUUCAGAUUGUGGGACGGCCUUUCCCACUCCCAGGCACCUCCCCCUUUUGUUUUGUUUUUAAUAAAAUCAUUUUGUUAGAAA